AGCCCACUACCCAGACUAUGGCAUUUUUACCGACCAAUAUAGAUGACACACAUAUACUGUGUCAUUGCGCCAUCGCUUCCCCGGCUGCAGUUCCGUUCACCGGGGUCAUCUACACCGGCCUUACAUCUCUCACAUUUUGGAUUGUUCAAAACCUACCCCAAUCUCUGACUCAGAGAACGGGUGCUGGCACGUUGAACAACACCAUCGCCGUCCACAAGAACACCACCAACAAGAUUUAUCCGUCCACAACUAACACGUCCGUGAAGAAAACACCAAUCCAAAGAUGAGUCUGUUCUUCCAAUACGAUUACGGGGCGAACGUCCUCAGCAGCCCUCGGUACGACCACCGAAGGAUGCCGAUGAGAUAUGAGAAAAUGGACCCCUCUCUGACGGCCCGGGCCCUGCUCUCGGAUGCGGGGGCGAACUACUAUCGCAGGGCACCACGGGCCGCCUUCAAGCCAAGCUAUGAACCACUGAGCAGGCCGAGACGUUUCGACCCGUCCAAAUACGGGGACGACGACUUUGACCGCUACAGCGCCGGGCGAACCCCGCCGCGAACCCCACCCCGGUCCCGUCGUUAUUCGGAGAGCGAAGACUUCGAGAGCACACCGGUUCGGUUGGGGAGGAGGGGCAGCUUUUCAGGAUCACCAAGCUAUGGACAAGAGGAAACGUUUGAUGACAUCUUUGACCCGGAGAGUUUUGGACUUCCGCGUAGACCAUGGUCCUACCGAAGGCGACACGAAGAGAAAAAGGUGUACAUGCCUAAAGGGAAGCCACCCAUGUUCACUACCGGCCUGAGGACCAUCACUGUGGGGAAGGGAGUCACCGCGCGAUUCACGUGCUCAGUGCGUGGUGAUCCCGUGCCAAGGGUCAAAUGGUAUCGUGAUGACGAGAUCAUCACCCACGACGGUUUCAAGUACAGGGCCUAUGACGUUUGUGGCGUGAUGACGCUGGAGGUACGUCACGCGAAUGUCCGUGACACCGGGUACUAUACCUGCAUGGCCAUUAACGACUCCGGCACCCGCACGUCGGUCGGCAGGCUGUACGUGUCCGAGAAAAUGGGGGAACAGCUUGAGAAAGAAAUGGAUGAAGAGAUUGCGGCCAGGAAAAAGGCCGUGGCCGCCGCCGUGGCCUCCGCAGUCUGGGGGGAGGGAGAGGACGCCGUCACCGCCAUCAGGAACACCCUGCACGCCGCCUCACAGGACAAAGCCAUCCCGGAGGGCCCGCUCUUCGGACCGACCCAGCCGGAGAGCAGGGAGCUGGAGAUGGGCGACGACAGGUUUGGGGAGAGAGCGGAGGUUGGAAGAGCCGGGGACGUCCAGCUCUACGAAAGGGAAGGAAAAGAGGGCCAAGGCGGCCCGGGAAGGAAAUUCAAGGGAGAAAUCUCUGCCGAUGCUUACGAAGAUUAUUCGGGUCCUGGGAGGAAGUUCAAGGAAAGGCCCGAGAAAUGGGAUGUGCAGGCCUUGAAGGAGGAAUACGCCGCCGGUCCAGGCAGAAAGUUCAAGGGUGACAUCUCUGCUGUAGCGUACGAAGAUUAUUCGGGUCCUGGAAGAAAGUUCAAGGAAGGUCAGCCCACUAGCGCUCCGGUGGAGCCUAAAGCCGCCCAAAAGGAAGCUGAGGGCCCCGGUAGAAAGUUUAAGGGAGAAAUUGCUGCAGAUGCGUAUGCAGAUUACCAAGGCCCGGGCAGGAAGUUCAAAGACGGAGAGCCCAAAGCUCCUACAGCGCCACCAGCCCCACCAGCCCCGCCAUCAGCGGACAAAGCAACUCCUUUCGCCAAGAAGACCAACCCGUACCUGAAGCUGAGCCAGACCAGAGUGGAAGCCAAGGUGGGGGAGAAAGUCGAGUUCGCCUGUUUCGCCACCGGGGACCCGAUCCCAGGGGUAGAGUGGCGGAAAGGCAGCAGCAUCCUGCCGUCAUCAGGCCGGUACGACCUGUACGAAGACGACGACGAGGUCGUUUACUUCGUCAUCCGCAAAGUGGUCGAAAAGGAUGCUGGAAUCUACACCUGCCACACAUCCAACACUAAGGGUACGGUCACAGGCAACGUGGAGCUUGUAGUACGCAGCUAAAUGUACAGAAUCCAACUCGAGUAGCAGUCAGAAGUUGCAUUGUCUGGAAUCAUACUUAGUAACAUUGAGAUCACCCCAGCCUAUCCCACAAGCAAUGCGCAAGUAGUCUUAUUCCUUCGCAAGAUGUUCUGUAGCGUAGUAAGCUGUUACAAGGCCUUGUCAAUAUCAUCCGUAAUCCAUCCAUUCAUUCAUACAAUAUUAGUGUCUCCCUCCCCAAACAGCUGAUUACUUACAUGAAGUCACAUGGUAAACAUUGGCAAAACUUCCUGAUGACCAAAUAAAUAUGAUGUCAUCUGGCUGUACACAAUGGAGAAACGUUAAAAAUCAAUCCAUAUCUUUGAUAAUGAAAUAAUAUUGUUAUGACGUAUGGCAAUUCUUUCAACAUAAAAGCAAGGAUAAUCAUAUUGAGGUUGCAAUCACGGAGAAAUGGAAGC